UCCGAUUAUGCCAUCUUACGUGGCAAAUAAGAUUAAUCGCGUCAUCCACCUUACUCCGCAGUUGAUUUGUUGCUUUAACUGAAAGCGAGAGACACAGUGCAACAGAUUUGUUGAAACAAAAACCUUACAACAUGAAAGCUUAUAUGCCCCACACAACAAUUAUCACGGGAAAAAGAUUAAUAGCUUUUUCUUCUGUCACCUUUUUUUUUUGGCUCAAAUUUUUGGUUUACCCCAGUUUUUCCUCAUUUAACAAAAAUUAAAGGUACCUGAAAUGAAUCGCUUUACUCUACUUGGCCGACGUGCAUAUACAACUCUUAAACCUGGAGUCAGACCUGGAAUAACCAAUGGUUUUAUUGGCGCUAUCGGCAACACUCCGUUGAUUCGCUUGAACAAAUUAAGUCAAGAAACAGGCUCAGAAAUUUUAGCAAAGGCCGAAUUUAUGAACCCCGGUGGUUCAGUGAAAGAUCGUGCGGCAUUAUACGUGGUGAAGGAUGCGGAAGAGAGGGGCUUGAUUAAACCUGGAGGAACCGUUGUUGAAGGCACAGCUGGUAAUACUGGUAUCGGUUUAGCGCAUGUUUGUCGUGCUAAAGGAUAUAAGUGUGUUAUUUACAUGCCAAACACUCAGUCUCAAGAAAAGAUUGAUUUAUUAAGAAUGCUCGGUGCCGAAGUAUACCCUGUUCCUGCUGUAGCAUUUGACAAUCCACAAAAUUACAAUCAUCAAGCUAAACGCCAUGCUGAUUCACUGGAGAAUGCUGUUUGGACUAACCAAUUCGAUAAUACAGCCAAUCGUCGUGCGCACAUAGAAACCACUGGUCCCGAAAUCUAUGCUCAAACUAAUGGUGAAGUUGAUGGCUUCGUAUGUGCAACGGGUACUGGCGGUUCUUUGGCUGGUACAGCUCGAUUUUUAAAAGAUAAGAAGGGCGACAAUGUCAAAAUAUUUUUGGCUGAUCCUCCAGGAUCCGUGCUUUACAGUUACUUCACUAGCGGUGGAAAGUUGCUAGACAGAACAGGAUCAUCCAUCACAGAAGGUAUUGGUCAAGGCCGUAUUACCGACAAUUUGAAUCCUGAUAAGGAUUUAAUAGAUGGUGCCGUACAUAUUGCAGAUGAGGAAACAAUUGAAAUGGUUUACAGAUUGCUGGAUGAAGAAGGCAUAUAUGUCGGGGCCUCGUCUGCACUUAAUGUAGUUGCUGCUGUAAAGAUGGCACAGCAACUCGGUCAAGGCAAGAAGAUUGUUACACUCCUAUGUGAUGGAGCCUACAGAUACCAAUCUCGCCUUUUCAGUCGUAAAUGGCUGGAAUCGAAAAAUUUAUCAAACGCCAUUCCUGAACACUUACAAAAAUAUAUAGUUUUGCCUUAAAUAUGCAUUAUCGUUUUUACGCGCCUACAAAAGCAAAUAGACUUAGUCGCUGAUCUCAGCAUUCUAGUAAAAUUCUAUCAGUUAUAGCUCGGGACCUUAAGCCUACACUGUAGUUUUCUUGUAGCUUCAACCCACCAGGUAAUGA